UAUGAAAUUGUUCGGCGCCGCACGUUUGUGCGAGCCAAACGUCUUAUACAUAAUUACACCAUUUUUGAUGUAAAAAUUUUCAAGAAUUACCUUAAAGUAAGUUUAUUUAAUAAAUUAUCACAAAACUAUAAUGAAAUUUUUCGAAGCCUAUGUGUUGGUGAAAAACCAUUGUUAGGAGAACUAGAUGACAAUAAUUAUUUGAAAGCAGCCAUAAUUACAAAAGAUUUUGAAUUAUUAAUUUUUAUUCAAUUCAAACAAGAACAAACAUUUGAUUUUGUACAUGGGUUGUUCGUUAAUAUUCUUGAUACAGAUGCUAAAAUUUUUAUUAAGAACUCGUCAUCUCGUCGAAAUAGUCUGAAACUUAUUUCCCAACAUGAUCCAAAUCCAAAACGUUUCAACGUUGAAUUAGAUGAAUUAUCAUUCGGUAGUCAACUUAUUCAUCAAAUUGUUUUAAAAUAUCCAACAAUAGAACCGUUUCCAACUGAUGAUUUAUUCGUUAAUAACCACCCAAAUCAACGGCGAUGCAUCGAACAAUUUUGGCUCGAUCAUCAACAACGACUUCGUGAUGACAUAGCAAAGCAACGUCGUACGUAUUUACCCAAUGAUGAAUGUCGAUUUACCAGAAUAUUCUCAAGAUGGCUAAAUCGAACGAAGCCACCCCCGUAUACGGAUGGUGAAAUAAAAUUGUUGUUAACGUCGUCCAUAACAGAAAACGAGACCGUAUUGCAAUUUAAUCGUGCAGAAGGAUCUAUUUUGAAUGGAAUAUUUAUUCAUGGGAAAUCGCAGACAGGAAAAACAGAAUUAAUUGACUAUUAUCUUAAGGAUCAAACUGUAUUGAGACCAGCAUUAGGCGAACAAUUCAAUUUUGAUAGACUUGAUGACAGAGUGAAUUACAUAUUGAUUGAUAAUUUUGAUUCCGGUAAAUAUAGUACUUUGGCUGACCAUUUAAAAGAGCUUAUUUCAGGUAAACCUGUCGUA